ACUCCAGGUGGCGGUAAAUGCACCUUAAGUUGGUUUGUCAUCCGCCAAUAAAAGAAGUAGAAGUAUAAGGAUGGCUUCCAGAUUUGGGCAGCAGGAGUUCUUAGAGCCAGGUCCAAAUCUGAACCAGAGUCCUGUCAGCACAUCCUGGUGGGUCAAUAAACAGGAGGACAGAGACAAAGGAGAUGCAGUCAUGGAGCAGCUUAAAGAGAUGAAUGAGCACGUUGCCAGGCUUCAGAACAUGCUGAAGUCGGAACGAGCCAAAAGCUGUCGUCUGCAGCUGCAGUGCCACCAUCAGGAAAUGGAACUGAGGCGUCAGGAGAUGCACAGCAGCAGACUGAAGGAGAGGCUGUCACAGCUGAUUGACAGGCCCAAAGGGAAAGGACCAUUCUGUGAUGGAGACGAUGGAUGUGGAACGACCAGGAGACACAAGACUGGAUGAAACUGAGACAUCUCUUGGUGAACAUGUGACUGGAGGAGUUGUUCAGAGCUGGAGGAAGGUCCAGAAGAAACUGCAGGACCUUUGUGAAGGUCGAACUGCUGCUGGUACGGACCACGACAAACUCAUGGUUCAACUAGAAACGGAGCUGAAAGAAAGUCAGCAUCUCGUCAGAAUGCAGCAGCAACUUCUGCAGAACAGCCUGGUCUCUCCUCUCCCCCUCGAACUGUCGGACUCGUACUUUUUGGAAGAAUGGGAACGUCUUCAGACGUCGUGGGCAGAGCUGAACCAUCAGAGGACUACUUUUGAAAAAGAGCGGCAGGCUUUCACUGACGCUGCCAUUCGACUGAGCCGCGAGCGCCUUGAUUUUGACCAACAGAGAGCCUGUUUUGUGAAGCAGCAGUAUUUGUGUGCGUCGCCACAGAUGGAGAGAAGAUGGAGCUCUGCUUUCAAUUUCUCCAGUGUGGAGCCCACGGACACAUCCGACUGUCUCCCCAUCACUCAGUCGUCCACAGAGUCUGGAAACACUGCUGCUGAAUGCACUGAGGGGCAAGGUCAAGUUCAAAGCCCCAGCACCCCUGAGCUGUACGCUGCCCUCAACUUAACCUGCAGUUGCAGGUCCAGAGAUGCUGAGCAGCAGCCACAGACAUGUGAUGGAGCAGUGGACGGUGUUCACACACCAUGGCCUUCCUAUUUAAAUUGGUCAUUUUAACUUAAAUUUGAUAACACAUUGCUACAUCUGAAAUGUAACGUUUUCUUAUUCUCUUGACAUAAUAAAGACAAACAUGUUUUAUUUUUUUUUAA